AUGUCAGACUGCUUCGAGAAGUCGGAGCUGGUUGGCCGCGUGAAAGAUGCCAUGGACCGUGGCGUCAAACCGGCAGCUUCCGCCUCCUCUUCAGCUUCCGCUUCCGCCACGUCUUCCACAGCUUCCGCCUCCGGAUCGAGCCAGUUCACCCAGUUUGGGGAGCUGCUGGAGACGCCCAGCCUCCAGCCGGAGGAGGGUGUCUUCAUCUUCCUGCAUGGCUUCGGCGACUCCGGCCGUGGCUUUGCAAGUCAGCUGCCGAAUUUGCUGCAGGUCCCGACUUUGCGCUAUGUCUUGCCGACCGCCCCCUCCAUGGGAGGCAUGCGCUCCUGGUUCGGGAUGGGCCCCGGCGCCACCUCGGAGAGCAUCGCCUAUGUGCAUAGCCUUGUCCGCCAGCAGCUUGCGCGCGGCGUUCCUGCCGACAAGAUCUUUCUAGGCGGAUUCUCUCAAGGCGGGUGCGUGGCAGUGCGGGCGGCGCUCUCGUUUCCGCAGCGUCUGGGCGGUUGCGUGGCGGCCUCUACUUUCCUGAGCUUCGGCGGGAGGAGCCCAGUGACCAUUGCCGAGCCCAACAGGCGCCUGCCGGUUCUCUGUGUGCACGGCGAGGCGGAUGGCGCUGUGCCGCUGAGCUCGGGCCAGGAGCUGACCUCCACCUUGAGGUCCCAAGGCGUGACUGUGGACUUCAAGAGCUAUCCGGGCAUGGGCCACGCCUAUUGCCCGGAGGAGGCUGCAGACGUCGCUGCUUUCUUGCGGCAGCGCCUUCGCCGGCCCAGCGUGGGCGGCGGCCGCAAGAGCCUGGAGAAGCUUACGGCGAAGGAGCUCAAAGCGCUGCUCAUGGAUGCCGGCAUCAGCACCAUCGAUUGCUUCGAGAAAAACGACCUGGUAGAAAAGGCUUUGCUGCUUUGA